UGUUGAUAGAAGUAUUGUGAAUUGACUACAUAAAGAUGUCCAGUAAAUGGCUAUCUAAUGGUCAGCCUGAAGUCACAAGGACAUUAAUCAUAGGUGUUUAUUUAGACUUCACUCAUCACAAUGUCAGGUAAACAAAGUAUACAAUGAUGGAGGGAAGUGGUAGUUCAGACCUUAAUCUCCAUGGUGAUAGAGGAACAAACUCAGGUUCACAGCAUUCAGGUGACAGUCCUUCUGGUCUGAUGAACAGGACAACAUCUCAAUGCCAUGAAGGGCCAGAAUUGGCCAGCCCUCUUAAUCUUACAGGUGAUAUAAGGAGCCAGGAGACAGAAAGUGCCCUGGGCCUAAAAUCUCCAUUGAAAGUAUGUAAUUAUAGGGAGCUGUCCAGAGCAGGGGCCCACAGUCCUUUAGCCCCAGACCAAGAAUGUUACCUGGAUGAGGACUCUGUGACCCCAAUAGCAAGUGAAGAUUGCACACCUGUGAUUGAUCAAUCAAGAUUUUUGAUUGACAGCCCAACUGGUGUGGUCACUUUGCACAGUCCUUCUGUUGGACUGGUCACUCUAGACUUAGAUUCCUGCGAUGAAGACGAUGACAGUAGUAAGCUGGACACAUGUUGUGAUGAAUACGAUGACCUGUACUCACUAGACAAGUAUUAUACUCCAGAUCCAUCCUCUACAGAUUUGUCAGUGUCUUCCACAUCGGCUGACUCCCUUGGACUCGAUGAUACAGCCAGUAAGGAGUCUGGGGGCCCACACCUGGACAGUCAUAGUGAAGGCAAGCAAAGCACAGAUGAUUCCUUCUGUGAUUGUGUAUCCACGCUAAGGAGAGAUAACUCUUCUCAAGGGAGCUCACUGACUACAAGUCUGGAAUCGGAGGACAAUAUUUACAUGGAACCACCCCAACACCCCAUGGAACCAAUUACAACAGAUCUCCAAGAUGGCAAUAGUGUCACCUCAUUCUCUGAAGGGUUAAAGGGAUUUACGGAAAGUUUGUCGGAAUGUCCUAUGUUUUGUGUUCCAAUCGUAACUGGGAAAUAUAAAUCAUUUAGUACUAGUGCAAUACAUACUUCAGCCAGUGAAAUCGGGGCAUCCGAAAUAAAAUUCUCGGAUCGUGGAAUCGAUACAUUGGAUUUAAAAUCCGCAGAAUGUGAAAUGAGUACCUUGGAAUUAAAAUCGUUAGAUAGAGGAAGGUGUAAAAGUUGUGAUGUUCUUCGUGCACAAGCCAGUGAUAAGUGUGGUAGUGCUAGAAUACGUCCACCAUCACUUAAAUUGGGUAAGCAUGCUUGUGGAUCACCACAUGCGGUUCCCCCAGGAUCUGGGCAGCGGGGCAGUGGUACAAGUAAUGAAUCAACUAGUCCACGUAGCCCGGGAUUCUGUCAUCAUCGCACACUGGAUGUGCCCCAGACCAUUCUAGACGUCAACUAUGACCUUCUUAAAUCUGGCAUCGCUAUAUUACCAGGAUCUCGAGAUGUUGAAGGUUGUGCUGUUGUGUUCAUCUUCACCAGGAGUUCCCUGUGGCAACUACAGAAGGUGUCCAGUGUGGAACUGGCCCGUACGUUAAUGUACUAUCGGUCAGUCCCAAGGGAUGAUGUUCAGAAAAAAGGUCUGAAGAUUGUAGCAGAUAUUCAGGGAGCAUCUAUAUCCACGGUCAACACACUGCUGGAGACUAUGUAUCUACUGCAGGGUAACUGUCCAGGAGCAUUGUCAGCAGUUUAUAUGUUAGCCAAUGAAAUGUCAGAAUCCCUUGUGAAGAAAUCUCCUGUGUAUGACCCAUUGGCCACAUUCAGGUUAGAAGUCUUUGUGUCCAUGGCUACCUUACACCAGUACAUAGCACCAGAAAACAUCCCAGCAGCAUUGGAUGGUCACUUUACGUAUAGCCACGAGGACUGGAUCCGCUUCCAAAUGAAGCUGGACCCAUUUGUUUCAAAGUUACAGUCUGCUGCCAAAUAUUUGGUGUGUAUCAUGCAGGACCUAACAGAAACUGGAGGUGUUCCCAGGACGACAAAGGAGGCAAAUCAUUUGAUAGAACAUCACGAACAACUCAUCAAGUCUGUGUUCGACGAUCAUCGCCUCAUCUCAGUACAGACCGAUGGUGAGGGGGUGAUUAACUGUCUCCAGAGAGAGGCUGUCCAUCUAUCUCACUCUCAGGACUAUAGGGACAGCAUGAUGAGCAUGAACAAGUUGUACGACAAUCUUCAGACAACCAUUGUCAGACUUGUCCGUCUGUCUGAUAGUCGACUGUGCAAGCUUGAACAGUGUCUUCAGCUGAGGGAGUUUGAAGAAGAGUGUUCCAAGGUGCUUUCCUGGGUGUCAGGCAGUGGUGAAGAUUUCUUCCAGCGCUAUGUUAACCUUGCUGAUAAUUUAAAAGCAAUCCGAGCCCAGCAAAAAGAAUUUGAGAAGUUCUACUAUUCUGCCAUGACCCAUAUAGAGAAGGGGAAUGACCUCUUGGACGAGGCGAGUAUGCUCGCCCAGUCUGGCAACUUUGACGAGGUGACUGGCUACAAAGAACUGGCCCGCACCCUGAAGAAACAUCUGCAACUGUUCACAGGCAGACUGGAGGAGACACGUGAACGCAUCGAAUCCACCACUAGAUGUUACAGUCUUCUUGACAAGACUUAUGAAUGGGCUCUGGACGCCAUGAAGUACGUGGCAAGUAUGAAGAUGGAACACUGUAGUACCGUGGAGGGCCUGGACAAGUUGUUGCGAAGCCUCCAGGUCUACCUCCGUGACCAUCCUAUGAUGAAAGAGGAAACAUUUAUUAGCAUGAUGGAUCUGGCAAAGAAACUCCGCAAUGAAAAGUUGAUGGAACAGUGUCGUGUUGCUAGAGCUCGUUGUGAAGAGACUCAUAGCCUUCUAACUGCCCGGCAGUCAGCACUGCAAGAGGCCAAAGACAAAAUGGUGCUAGAGACCAAGCCCUCUCCAACGAAAAUUGACCAGCAUUGUAGUGGUCAGUUUAGUGUUAUAAGUUCUCCAGAGUUAAGACACCCUAGUGUAAAUGGUGAUAAUGCUGUAUGGCAACCUUGUUCAGCCAGUACUCCGUCUUCAGGCUCGGAACGUACUCCAUCCUUCUGCAGCAGUGGGACAAGUCCGAUCCUACCUCCCACAAACUUAACACCACAGGACAUGGUGUUCCUUGGAGAGGGUGAUUCGUCCUUUAUCACAGAAGACAUGUCGGACAGAGUGGUGGCCUCUAUACCAAAGAUAUUAAAUAACUCCACAAUGCGGUCAUCAAGGGAGGACCUGACAAGUCCUAGUGAUCACUCCUCCCAGGGAAGCAUUCGCAGUGCUCCUACACUUCAGGACUCGCAUGACCAGGGACCGGGUAGUCUAACCUCUCACAGUAGACCCCUGAAGAAAAUGCUUCGGAGAACCUCAACGGCACCACCAUUUACAGGUGGGGCUAUCAUUGAGGAAGAGGACCCACAGACUCACAGGUCGGAGAGAAGGUCAGGCAGACAGGACGAUGGUCGGACAGUCAGUAUGAUUACCAGUAGUACAGAUAGUCUGUCCAGUAUGCCUGAGGAAGAGGAGACAGAGAAUUGUGAAGUCUCUGUCCCUGCUGCAAAGAGUUUCACCCCAGUCCCUGUUAACUCUCAUCUUAUCUCACAAAAUGGAAGCAUUCCUACAGGCUCACUGGCAGAUCUGAAACUCUCAGGCACAGAGAAAAUCAAACGGACGCUGGCCCAUGUGAUGCGUGAAAUGAUACAAACCGAGCGUGAUUAUGUCUGCUCGCUCCAAUUCAUCAUUGAGCAAUAUGUCCCUGAGCUAGAACGAGACGAUGUGCCACAGGCCCUUAGAGGCAAGAGGAAUGUCAUAUUUGGGAAUUUGGAAAAAAUCUACCAUUUUCAUCGUCAGAUGUUUCUCCGAGAAGUUGAAAUUUGUGAGAAUAACCCAUUCCAGAUAGCACAGUACUUCCUCAUGCACGCCAGUCAGUUCUACCUGUACGCUAUCUAUAACAAGAACAAACCAAAGUCAGACAGCCUUAUGGCAGAAUAUGGGAAAUAUUUCUUCAGAGAAAAACAGUUACAGUUGGGAGACAAGAUGGAUCUGUCAUCCUACCUUCUCAAGCCAGUACAGAGGAUGGGCAAAUAUGCUCUCCUCAUCAAACAGAUAAUGAAGGCUUGUCCCCACACGGAACAGGAAUACCAGGAUCUCAAGGCUGCAGAGGAGAUGGUAAAGUUUCAGCUCCGUCAUGGCAAUGACCUGUUAGCUAUGGAUUCACUGCGGGACUGUGAUGUGAACCUCCAAGAACAAGGUCGUCUGUUGCGGCAGGAUGAAUUCCUUGUGUGGCAGGGACGACGGAAAUCCAUGCGGCAUGUCUUUCUGUUUGAGGACUUAAUACUGUUUAGUAAAACACAGCGGGGACGUAAUGGGAGUCCGGACACUUACCACUACAAGUUCAGCUUCAAGAUGGCAGAUGUUGGAUUGACAGAGGCUUACGAGGGUAGUGGGUACAAGUUUGAGAUUUGGUUCCGAAGACGUUCCCUAGGGGAGAACUACAUCCUUCAGGCUCCUAGCUCUGACGUACGUCACCAGUGGACGAAGGAAAUCUCCCGUGUCCUGUGGAACCAGGCACUUAAAAACCGAGAGAACCACAUGACCGAGAUGUUGUCCAUGGGUGUCGGAAACAAACCCUGUCUGGACAUUAAACCAAGUGCUAACAACAUUCAGGAUAGGCUGCUGAACUACGCCAUUGGUAACAGGGGAGCUCGUACUAGAAACUCUGUGGCUGUGACAUCUUUUGAACACCUUCGCCAGGGAAAUAAGCGUCCUCAUUCCAUUAUCUCUGUCAGUAGUACUUCAUCAUCCAGUAGUAGUCACUCGGGUAUGGUCAGCAUCCUCGGACCCAACUUUGACAUGAUUGACAGUCCACGCAGCCGUCAGUCUAUUGCCUGUAUGUCAAAUGAAAGUGGAAUAGGUACAGACAUGUCUGGUUCAGAGAAUGAUCGUCAGGGUACUCUAGACAUCUCCAGACAGGGGUCAAAUGGCAGACAGUACAUUCACCAUCCACAAUCUAAACUUAUUCUGUCCAAUAGCAACGAACCUGUCAGCACUGAUGUAUGACACAAGUGUAAGGACAUUGCUAUAUUUACAUACUACCUGAUUGUCUUUCAUCUUGAGCUGGAUCAAAGUCAGCCCUUUUUGAAGACAUCAGUAUGGCCACUGCUUGUCCGCUUCGUACUCUAAUCUUCCUGAUCGAAGUCACCCCUUCCAGAAGACAUCAGGACAUUCAUUGCUCGUUUGCUUCGACUCUAAUCUUCCUGAUCGAAGUCACCCCUUCCAGAAGACAUCAGGACUGCCAUUGCUCAUCUGCUUCGACUCUGAUCUGCGAGAUCAUGGUCGGUCCUUUCAGAAACAGAAUGGCUACUGCUCAUCAACAGUCACUCUUGAUUUGCGAGAUUACAGUUUGUCAUUUCAGAAACAACAGGCUUAACGUUGCAACACUGAAGUCAUACUGAUCAGCUGAUCAAAGCUCAUCAAUAUCUGGGAUCAAAUGUAUAUGAUUAUGAAUCAACAGAGGUCAGAGGAUUUUGUUGAAAAAGAAACACAGAGCAAGAUCUGAGGUCAAGGGGUCAUUCUUCCGUUAACUUACAUUAGGAUCAACAACUACACAUUACCCCUGGUGGUCACAGAUCAAUUGGACAACAGAUUUAGUUAUGGAAGUGGAGACAACUCUGAUGCCAAACGAUUCAACACAACAAAUAGAUCUGAUUUUAAAAAUUUAUUGACAGGUUGUAUUGUUGUUGAUCAAUGAAGAUACGUUUUGCUUUCUCAGUUGUUGAUCAACAAAAGAUACUUUUUGCUUUCUCAGUUUGUGAUUCACACAGAUAAAUUAGCCAUGUGUGAGACCACUUGUUUUUUUUUUACCAAAGAGAUAGAAAAAUGAUUCUACCUUUAUUGCAGUAAUAGAUAUCUGAACUGUGAAUGUUUACUUAUUUUUCGAUUAUGUCAAUAUGUAGUCACAGUAGAAACGUUUAGAUUAUCUCCAUUUGUGAACUUUAACACAGCAAGUAAGUUUGUUGAGAUAAAUGGGUGAUCAGUUUUAACUUGACACUGAUAGUGUUACAUUUACAUUAUAUUUAAAUUUAGUAUAAUUAAAAAAUCUGAAAUGAAGUUCAUCAAAAGGACUUGCUUCCUGGUUUAAGAUGCAAUGGAUGUAAGAUCUCUCUAAAAGUAUUACUCUAAACAGUUUACUAAAGAAAAGUGUAAUGAGGGGAGAUAAUCCAAGUGUUUUACCAAGUUGCAUGUUGAUGUAUGUUGUACAUAGCUUGUACCGUUCAGUAUUUGACUUUCGAUAAGUAAAGAGUCACAAAGAGGGUAGAUUUGGUUGGGAUUUACUCACAACCAUUGGAGUAAAAUGAUUGGUAUUAUCUACUUUGAUAUUCCUUCUGGAUUCUGUAGAAGGAAUAGUUCUAGGGUAGAUCUAAUCACACUUCAUAAUCCAAGUUUAACAGUGAGUCAUUGAGGCUUGAACAACAAAUACAAAAAGUCAUAAUUCAGUUUUUAUUUCUUUAUUUAUUUGUAUGUUUACCUUUUUGUUGUAUUUAUUUGUAUGACAACAUCACAACGUGUACAAUGUUUAUGAUAAUAACAUACUAUUUAUUCUCUGUGUUGUUAUGGAUACUACAUGUAUAGAAACAUAGUAACUCAUAUCAUUCCCCAUCACACAUUUAACACAGUAUCAGUUUUACCAAAGACUUGUUUCGCUAAAUUGUUCAUAUCAAACCAAGAUACCACAAAGCCAUAAAAGGAAGUUGACUAAGAUAACGGUUUUAUCUGACUCAGUCCAGCGUAGUCAUUCUGUCAGAAUAUCUAGUCAGUAGUGUACUACAAAAAAAUAGCUGAUACAACACUAAAAUUUUACAAUACAUGUAACGGGUGUAUUGAAUUUGGUUUUGGAAUAGUCUAGAUUUUUUUUCCGUGACCAUGCAUCCCUGGUUUAAUUUACCUAUAUAUUAAUAUGUUAUUUAUAACAGAAGUAUGUAUAUAUACUGUCUUCCCCUGAUGUUGAUAUUUUACUCGGCUGCCCUUUAAUCAAUGUGAAAUUGUUUUACUGUUUCAAGGUUUUUCAAUCAGUAUUUUGAGAUUUUGUUUUGGAACCCCUUCGUCACAAAUUCUUUAAAGUAAGAUGAAUGAAGAGGUUAAACAGUUAAUAUUCAGUCUUCCAUGUCACAAUAAUAAACAGGAGUGAUUCCCCGCUUCCAUCCAAGUGCCAACAUCAUGAUUAAGUUGUUGAUAUUAAAAUAAUAUUGUAUUUGUUUCAUCUAAGUUUAUAGUAUAGACUCUGUGCACAAACGCUUUAACAAGGAUGAAAUUUUGUGUCUGGAGUGAAAUUUCCAACUCGGACAUGAGAACCCUUCCUAGGGGACAAUUCCUUACGGUGUAGUUUUAUCUACUAUACAGUACUUGCCAUACCUGUUGUUAAACCGGUGUACAUAUUGGUAUUACAGAGGUAUACAGAUUGAUAUGGCUUAAGUUUUAACUCAUAUUGAUAUUCCAGAAAAAGCUAAAUUCUCAGUUUCUAGACAAGUUUUCCUUACUCAGGAAUAAGAGGCUAGAAAUUUAAAACAAUUAUUUAUUUCUGUUCAAAAGGCUUAAUAUAUUUGGUAGAUUGUUUCAAGCGAGUAGGACUGAGGAAUAAGAUAUUCUGUCAUUUUUGUGUUUUCAUCUGAACAUUUGGUAAUAACUGAUGAUGUUUGGUGUACAGACAACAUAUCCUUACUGUACAGAAAAUGAAUCACUUCUCCCUUCAUCAUUAUUAUCAACAAAGUGCAAUAAUACUGGUAAUUCUACCUGGCCAUCAGCUCUGUGUCCAUCACCAUGGUAACACUUUCAGUCACCAUAGUAACAUUAUCAUGACCAUGAUAAAUCACAAGUGUAUUACUAUCAAAUUCACCUCAAUUACAAUGAUUUCAUCACCAUGGUAACAGUCUUUGUUGUCAUGUUAUAUCUGUGUUCCACACUUUAGUAGUAAUACUGUUCUCUUGAUGGUGAAAUUUCUAUCACCAUGGUAACAAUGUAUUUUGCCGCUAUUAUAAUUUAUGAUUUAUCUACAAUUUAUGUUGAAUUAUCUUUACCAGACCAUAGUGUUUGUAUUUCUCUCUACCGAGCAAUACAAUGACGAUCCAGGGAUUGUACAGUAGGAACAUCACAUUAGGGAGUUGAUUAUAAGGAAACCAAACUGGUAGAAUUUUAGUCUGGUGCUUCUGUGGUCUCCAAGGAAUGUCAGCAUUAAUAAGGGAACAGAGAAAAAUAGUCGAUGACAGAAUGUUGGAGAAUCCAUUAAUUCUGUCCUGUCCAGAAUGCUGGUGUAUAUUAUGUGAUAUUUUGAUAACAUUUUGUACAUAAAACACAAUCUCUUAGUGCUAGCUAUUUGUUGAUGCUUAAAUUGAUAAGAUUAAACAUGUAAAUUAAUUUUCUGUAAUAAAGAAUUCAAAAGUACCA